GUGAGGAGUUUUACGAGGCCUCUCCCUACGAGCCGGUCACCUCCCGCCUCUCCGACAUUUUCAGGCUUGCGUCCAUCUUCUCAGGGACAGGGGCAGACCCGGCGGUCAGCGCCAAGAGCAACCAGUGCCUGGACGCGGCCAAGGCCUGCAACCUGAACGACAACUGCAAGAAGCUGCGCUCCUCCUACAUCUCCAUCUGCAACCGGGAGAUCUCGCCCACGGAGCGCUGCAGCCGGCGCAAGUGCCACAAGGCCCUGCGCCAGUUCUUCGACCGCGUGCCCAGCGAGUACACCUACCGCAUGCUCUUCUGCUCCUGCCAAGACCAGGCGUGCGCCGAGCGCCGCCGCCAGACCAUCCUGCCCAGCUGCUCCUACGAGGACAAGGAGAAGCCCAACUGCCUGGACCUGCGCGCCCUGUGCCGCACUGACCACCUGUGCCGGUCCCGGCUGGCCGACUUCCACGCCAACUGUCGAGCCUCCUACCGGACUGUCACCAGCUGCCCCGGGGACAAUUACCAAGCGUGUCUGGGCUCCUACGCGGGCAUGAUCGGCUUCGACAUGACCCCCAACUACGUGGACUCCAGCCCCACCGGCAUCGUGGUGUCCCCCUGGUGCAGCUGUCGUGGCAGCGGGAACAUGGAGGAGGAGUGCGAGAGGUUCCUGAGGGACUUCACCGAGAACCCGUGCCUCCGGAACGCCAUCCAGGCCUUCGGCAACGGCACAGACGUGAACAUGUCCCUGAAGGGCCCCUCGUUCCUGGCCACGCAGGCCCCUCGGGUCGAGAAGACGCCUUCCCUGCCGGAUGACCUGAGUGACAGCACCGGCCUGGGGACGAGUGUCGUCACCACCUGCACUUCUGUCCAGGAGCAGGGGCUGAAGGCCAACAGCUCCAAAGAGUUGAGCAUGUGCUUCACGGAGCUGACGACAGACAUCAUCCCAGGAAGCAACAAGGUGACCAAACCCAACUCAGGCCCCCGCCGAGCCAGGCCAGCGGCUGCCUUGACGGCGCUCCCCCUCCUCCUGCUCACCUGGGCCUUGUAGGCCCCCCACCCCGGGGAACUGUGUUCGCAAGGCUCCUGGAAGCGCCACCGCCAAGGACUCCCGCCUGACACAGCAGACACACACAGACACACACGAGACAACCACACACACCUUGCAAAAAAACAAAUCAAGACAAAAGCGAGUCUUCUCCCACCUUGUCUCUGAGCCUGUCUCCUCCCAGGUUUCUUCUCUGGAGACGUUUUUCUAAGCCAGACAGACAAGCAGGUGGGCAGCCUCCAUCCUCAGCUGGAGUUUUCUUCUUUGGACCCUUUUGAAGCAAGAGACCAAGACCCUGCUGCCAAGGGGGCGUGUGACUGUGCCUGCUGCAGGCUGAGGCAGGGCAGCCCCUGCUGGACACCUGCCGGGGGCUGGCGGGGGCAGCGGGCACCGGGAACCUGUGGGCGCCGUCUGCCCCUGCUCUUAGCUGCGGGAGUAUUGACUGCUUCUGUGCCCUCAGCGGGCCGGUGGGUCGGUGUCUGGCAUGGGGAGUACCCCUGCAGAAGGGGUGAUGUACCCUGAGCUCCCAGGGAGGCACGGAUGGCGGAGAGCCCAGCCCAGCGCAGCCCGCCUGGGGCACCCGCUCCAGGGUGGAGGUGGGGCGCUUCUGCCUCCUUGGUGGCAAAGAGUUUCAGGGUCAGAGAGAAACGAGGCUUUGUUGGCGCCGGGUGGGGGGGCAUAUCCCUCAGUGGAGAGGGGCAGCAGGAACCGGCGGGUGGGCGUGCGUCUCUCGGGCUGUUGUCUGCACGCCCCUCUCGUGCCCGUGCCCCCCUCCAUCUCUGAGACCUAAGUCAGCUGUACAUACGGUCUUUCCAAACGUGUGUAUAUGCACAUCACAUCUGUGUGUCCUGUGGUUCCCCGUUCUUUCCUUUUUUUAAGAAAUGGAACUAUCGAAAUAAUAGCCCUUCCACUCCUCCCCCCCCCCAGAUGAGCGAAAAUGUAUUAUUGUAAAGUUUAUUUUUUUUAAUAACGUUGUCUACAAUGGGAACAGACGGCUCCCGGCCCCACCCCUCCCUCUGUGCGCCUGGCUGCUGUCAGCCCGGCCGGGGCUGGGGCUGGGGCCCCUGGUCCGCAUUCAUGCUUAAUUAAGCAAAAGGCUCCAAUAAAUGUCCUGGAAAGCAA